GGUGGCGUAUUGCUAAUUUGCCUCGUCGUUGGAAGUGUUGCACAGAGUUGUAUUUUAUUUCGUUUUAUUUUCGUAAUCCAAGCCGAUGACUUCUGUCAUCAUGCUUGGCGGAACCAAUCGCAAUGUACGAUGCUGAUGAGGUUCCUCUCGUCCACGGAAGAGGAAAGUCUCGAGAAAGGCGAGAUGCCGGAGGUACGGAGCGAGACUGUUCUUCUUCACCACCGCAUCAUCCAGAUACUGCUGUCAACACGACAGCACAAUUGGCCAAGAUCAGAGAAUACAUGGUUACCUAUAACUAUCAUGCCUACAUUGUACCAAGUGAAGAUGCCCAUGGCAGUGAGUACAUCGCUGCUCCUGAUGAAAGGCGUCCAUACAUAAGCGGCUUCUCGGGAUCUGCCGGCUUGGCUGUGAUUACGGCCGACCAUGCUGCCGUGUGGACUGAUGGGCGUUAUUUCAUUCAGGGAGAGAGGGAAUUGUGGUGCGAUUGGAUUCUUAUGAAGAGCGGUCAGCCAGGAGUCCCCAGCACAGCCGAAUGGCUGGCAAGUACCGAUACAGAUCCUAACAUGGGAGCUAACUUGCCGGAAGGAGCCACGAUUGGCUAUGACCCCAGACUCAUGUCAAUAAGCACAGUCCAGAGUUACAUGAGUACACUUGAAAAUUCCGGUCGUAACCUGACAAUGGUUGGCAACGUCGAGGAGAACCUUGUGGACCUAACAUGGAAUGACCUCGGAACGCAGCCAGGCUAUCCAGAAAAGCCCUUGAUAUUCCUCGGCAUGCAAUAUACUGGUAAAUCGUGGGAGGAUAAAAUAAUUGAGGUUAGAAAACAGAUGGAGGAUGCUAAAGCAACCAAACUCAUCCUCCCAAAACUUGAUGAAGUCGCUUGGUUAUUUAACUUGCGUGGAGAAGAUAUUCCUUACAAUCCUAUGUUCAUCGCAUAUGCUGUUGUCGGAUUGAACGACGUUACACUAUACGCUUAUGACAAAGUUGGAAGGAUUGAUGCAUCAGCCGAAAUAAAGACACACUUAAAACUCGAGACCUGUACUAGCGUAUGCAUUACAGUGAAGGACUACGAUCAAUUUGCAACAGAGUUGCCGUCAUUAAACAAUGAUGCCAAUGCAAAGAUCUGGUUUAGCGAUGUUUCAAAUUAUUUCAUUUACACAUCAAUUUCACAGGACAAGGCUUAUAUUGCAGCAUCGCCCGUCCUUCUAACCAAGGCGCAGAAGAACCCUAUAGAAGUGGAAGGAAUGAAAGAGGCCCAUCGUCUGGAUUCUAUCUCACUGUGUGAGCUUGGCGGGUGGUUGCAGGAGACCAUGAACAGCUUAGAGGAUCCGGCAGUCGGAGAUAAAAGCGUUCUUAGUGAACUUAUUGUCGAGGACAAAGCAAUAGAGUUUAGAAGUGUUCACGAUAGCAACAAAGGUCUGAGUUUUGGGACGAUCUCAUCCUUUGGACCAAAUGGAGCCGUUAUUCAUUACUCAUCGUCUAUUGAAACUGAUGUUCCAAUCACUAACCAAGGAAUCUUUCUCCUUGACUCUGGUGGACAAUACCUAGAGGGAACCUGUGACAUUACUCGUUCUUUCCACUUCGGAGAACCAACAGACUUCAUGAAGGAAGCUUAUACUAGGGUUCUGAUGGGGCAUAUAAAUCUGGUCUCGGCUACAUUCAGGACAGGAGUGUAUGGUCGUGAGAUUGAUGCCCAUGCUCGCCAGCCCCUUUGGGAGGGAGGCUUGGACUACCGACACGGUACUGGACAUGGUAUCGGUCACUUCCUGAACGUUCACGAAGGUCCAGGUCGUAUUAAUCUUGGUUACAGUCCUGCUCACGAACCAAUUCAUCUAAACAUGUUUUUCUCAGACGAACCCGGCUAUUACGAGGAUGGCGAAUUUGGAAUUCGAAUUGAAAAUGUCAUGUUCGCCAAAGAGGCAACGACAGAGCAUAAAUUCAACAACUACACCUACAUGACAUUUGAAAUGAUCUCACUUGUACCAUUCGAACCUACACUCAUCGAUUUUAGUCUCAUGACCAAGAAACAGAUCGAAUGGUACAACGCCUACAACAAAAGAAUCAAUAAUGAAAUCAAACCCUCUCUCACACCAAAGGGCAAGGAGUGGGUGGAGAUGAAGACAAAGUACGUUGACUCAUCUACCGGAGCAGCCGCCUCUCUUGUUACGUCAUUCAUCUGCGUCAUUGUGACGUCAUUAAUUGCGAUGUUUCUACAAUAGUUUUUUUUAAUUACAAAAUUGAUUUUUUAAAUGGGGGGGGGGGAUAAAACCAUAAUUUUCACGAUUAUUGUAUAGGAAGAGUUUUAUAGUUUUAAAUGUCGCUUUCUAUCUAUUUAUCAUGGGAAUUAUUGCGUUCAGUGCCAGUUCAUCCUAUAUCCAGUUUGCUCUAUUUUACUGACAAUGAUUAAUUUUGACUGCAAAUGAUUAUGAAAACAAACACAAAUGACACGUGUGAGAAAUCUGCUACACAAAUGUGCUUUCAUCAAAAUUGAUGAAAAAAAAAAUAAAUUCAGUGCUCUAUGAAAAACCCCUUAAAAAGCUCAAUUCUAGGGACAAUGUAGCUUACUGUCAUACAUGUCAAUAAUACAAUGACGCAUCUCAGGGGCAUGGGGUGCAUUCCCAGAAACGCCACUUCUAGGGGCGCAAAAGGGCAGAAUAUGAAGGAAGGGGGAGGGCGGGGGUUAUAAAAACCAUGACAAAACAAAACAUCUAAAGACAUGGAACUGGCGCGCAUUUUGGCACUUUUCUGUUGGAUAUUUUUAAUGUUCAAAGGAUUGAUUUCGCAAGUGCUGUUUUUUUUUUUUUUUUUUUUUUUUUUGGGGGGGGGGGUCUUUACGAGGAUACGCCUCUGCAUAAACAAUCACAUUGAUUGUUAAUUGAUUUAAAACGAUUUCCAGUACUUCCUAUUUGUAACAAGUUUUAUCGUGCAUUUGAUAGAAAUUACUCAUUUUAUAUAUACACCGUUUUUUAAUAGAUAUGUAUGUAUACACUUGGUUUCAACUAUAGGACUACAUGUUAAACUCUCGUUUUGUUACGUUAUGUUACUUACGUUACUUUAUGUUAUGGUACAUGUAGUACACAACUUAUCGCAUAGGAGAGAGAGAGAGAGUUACUGGUGUUGUAGCAGUGGUGUCAUAAUCAUAAUCCGUUGUCACUCGAAUCGAAAACAAAUGACUGUUUUAUACAAUCAUGACACUGGGGUUUAUUGAAGAAAACAGAGAGAACGUAAGAUAGAAAUGAUAUGCCUAGACUAUGCACCGUUAUGGUUUAUUGCAAUCAUAAUUAGUAUCAUGUCAAGAAUGAUGCAGCAUGAUAUGAUGCAAUAUGCAAAUGAUUAUUAUGCAGAAUAAAAAAAAAUAUAAUUACAUGUGUUAUAAUUUGUGUUGUAAUUUUAUAAAAUAUAAUAUACAGACAUGCACAUGAUCGUGUAACUUUGAUUUGAAAAUGAAUUUUUGAUUUGACAAUACAAUAGAGAUCUAAAAUUAAAAAAAUAUGACUUGAAUAAGAUAAUAAUA